CCGAUUCUAGACGCGACUUUCGCUUCUCUUCCCCGGGGAUGGAUGAGGGAAAAUGAAACUCCCCGCUCAUCCGAUGUUUUCGUUUGUUUCGACUCUUUCCUCGGUCUCGUUUCCCGGACGUGGCGGUGAGGCGAAUCAAGGGCAAAUAAAGAGGCACAAGGCUUAAAAGAGAACUGCAUUUUAAGGAAUGGCAACGGGAGACUUGAAAGGAAGCUUACGCAAAGUGGAACAUGGACUUCGUUUGCUGAAUUAUCCCAGAGAGGUAGAUUAUGCGGGAAUGGUCAAGGGAGAUCCAGCAGCCUUUCUACCCAUCAUCAGCUAUGCUUUCACGUCCUACUCAACUUGUAUAGCAGAUUUGCUCGUGGCUUCAGGCGUGGAACUCAUAGGGAAGAACGACGUCCGCUUCCUAGAUGCCGUCUACAAGCUUCUUCGGGAUCAAUUUCAGUACAAACCAGUUCUAACAAAGCAUCAGUUUCUCCAGUGUGGAUUUGCCGAAAGGAAAAUUCAGAUCGUUUGCGAUAUUAUGAACUCUGUGAUGAAGAAACAUAAGGACUUGUGCAAUCUUAAUAAGGUUAAAUCACAUCCCAGAAAGAAGGGGGGUUCUGUUAAGUCGGAUUCCCAGGGAAAUUCUGAAGACCGUUUUGCUGAUCCUGUUAUCGUCAACAUCGUCGGCAAGAUUAUGACUUCUGAACAGAAAAAAGCUAUGGUGGAGCGUCACCCUGGUAAGGAAGACAAUGUGGAAUUACCUAGUGCUAGAGCCCAUUCAAUAACGGAAGAUGACAAAGAAUCGGAUAUGCCUGGGAAGGAGGUUAUCGAAGGCCCGUGUGAGCAACAAGAUCCAGAAUUCAGCACUCUGAUCGCAGCGCUGCAGAGAGGACUUGCUGAAUGCCAAGAAAAGCUUGACAAACUGAGUAGGGUAGAGGAUAAAUUACACAAUUUGGAAGCCCAGUUGAAAGGAAAAGUGGUCAUAGAUGAAAAAGCCUGGAAUAAUCUCCUAAGCCGUGUUCUCCUUCUUGAAACGGAACUGCUCUUGCAACCUAAAAAGAAUGAUCCGUCCAUAUUUAACGAGGGGAGAAAGGAACGUACAUCGAUCAAGAACACGGAUCUCACGCCCAGUGAUCGAGAGAGGAAAGAGGAGAUGCCACAGAACCUUCAUCUUCAGUCGUCUGGAUACAGCUCGCUUUUAUCCCCAGACCCAUCUCCCCAAACUACGCCCAUUAAUUACAGCGGUUUGACAGAGGUUUCAGAGGAGACGACAAUGCAAAAAGUGGAAAGGAUAGGAAAAAUGAUUCAAGAAACCGCCGAGCUGUUGAAAUAUUCAAGUAACCCAUCGUAAAAUUUUCCGCUGGGAACUUCCCGGAAGGGGCUCGGAGCCCAGAACCAGAGUUGCCCCAGUUUCAAGGAUGCCGGGUUGAUUCCGCCGUCGGCACUGAGAGUUCGCGUUUGGUUUGUAUGCAGUUUUUCUUUCAUUAUUAAAUAUACACCCUUUUUAAUUCU